AUGAGGAGUGGAAGUGUUGCACCCAAGGAAGAGGAGCAAAAAUCAAGAAGGAACAAGAGAGUUGUUGAUGAGAAUGCUCCUUUGAUAUCCAAGGUUCAAGAUAGUGAUGAUGGUGCAAGGUUUGAUGAGUUUCUUGGGGCUGUUUUCAACUUGUCCACCACAAUUAUUGGUUCUGGGAUCAUGGGGUUGCCAGCAUGUGUGAAAAAGUUAGGGAUGGUGCCUGGUCUUAUUGUUAUCAUCUUGAUAGCUUUCAUGACAGAGAAGUCAAUUGAGUUCAUGAUUAGGGUUUCCAAGGCAGGGAAUUUUUCUUCUUAUGGCUCUCUCAUGGGUGAUGCUUUUGGGGAAUAUGGGAAAGCUUUGGUGCAUAUAUGUAUUGUAGCCAAUAACAUUGGUGGAUUGAUUAUUUACAUGAUUAUUAUUGGUGAUGUAAUUUCUAGAACAACUUCAAGUGGAACUCACCAUUCUGGAGUUCUUGAAGGAUGGUUUGGGGUCCACUGGUGGACUAGGCAAACAUUUGUUCUUUUGUUUUCAACACUUGUUGUGUUUGCACCUUUGGUUAGCUUUAAGCAAAUUGAUUCAUUGAAAUUCACAUAUGCAUUAUCAGUUGGACUAGCAAUUAUUUUUGUUGUCAUUUUUGUGGGAAUCUCAAUCUUCAAGAUUAUAAUUGGAGGCAUUGAGAUGCCCAGACUCUUCCCGAUCAUUACAGAUAUAACAUCAUUUUUUGAACUAUUCACUGUAGUUCAUGUGCUUGUCACUGCCUAUAUUUGCCACUACAAUAUUCAUAGCAUAGACAAUGAACUUGAGGACUCCUCUCAGAUGCAUAGCGUUGUGCGUACUUCUCUUGGUCUAUGUGCUUCAGUGUACUUGCUGACAAGCUUUUUUGGGAUCCUCCUAUUUGGUGAAGGAACUCUUGAUGAUGUUCUUGCCAAUUUUGAUACUGAUCUUGGAAUUCCUUUUGGUUCUGUUCUCAAUGAUGUUGUUAGAUUUAGCUAUGCUUCACAUAUUGGGCUUGUAUUUCCAGUGAUCUUCUAUUCAGUGCGUGUCAACCUAGAUGGUCUCAUAUUUUCAUCGUCUAGGCCUUUGGCUCAAGAUAACAUCAGAUUUGCAUUAAUAACUGUCUCACUUAUUGGUGUUAUCUUUUUGGGAGCAAAUUUCAUACCCAACAUUUGGGAUAUCUUCCAGUUUAUUGGAGCAACAACAGCUGUUUGCGUAGGAUUCAUAUUUCCAGCUGCCAUUGCUCUUCAGUGA